AAUCUGAAUGGAGAUGAUGGACAAAUCCUAACGAAAAAAAGAGUUCCAGUGGAUGUGAUAUUACAAGGUGAUGAGAGAAAUAUUCCCAAAUGGAUAACGAUAAUAACUCCAAGUUCGUCAAAAAGUCGUCAUUCAACAUUGCCAGGGCGAGAACUGCUUGGUAAUCAAGCUUCUGUUUGCAGAAAGAAGCUAGAGUUUUCAAAUGAAUGUUCUUCAUCCAAAUAUCCACAGUUACAACAUUCUGCUUUUCCCAUUUCAUCAAAUACCAUAGCCUCACCCAGGCAUCGACCUUGUCCAGAACUGAGCAUGACUUCAUGUGGUAGUAUCCUUGGAGAUGAGGAAUGCUCUUUGAGCAGUCCAACUCUUUCAAGCUUGUAUCCAGCAAUGGUAGAGAUAUUUACAAAGCUCAUGGCAAAGCAUUCUCAGAGAAGAGUGUUAAAGUACUUGUUUGGACACUUAUGGUCCAAGAGACGGCAUUCUAGAAGACCAAGGCUCAGAAUCACUGUAGACAAAAUGAGACAGUUCAGACCCUGUAAAUGUGAACUAAAGAAGAAAGGAUUUCACAAGAUGUGUAGCUGUAGAAGUGAAGACAACCAAAAUCUGACUUAUGGGAAUGACAGCAGAGAAUUCUGUUGUGACAGCUGCCCCAUUAGUAAAUCAUCUGGUCUGGUGCCUUAUGCAUGUGCUGAUACAAAUGAAAUCAAAAUAAUGCACUACUCUGACUCAAGUUCAGAACAACCUUUGGCAUCUGGAAAAAGCCAAGAAGUCUGCAAACAUUAUGCUGUUCCUGAUGUUAUGAAUAGAAUAGGAGAGACAUUUCUAGUUGAAAAUAAAUUACAGACUACUGCCUCACCAAAGAAUUCAGAAUACACAGAAGGUGAAACAUUUACUUACAAACAUUUCUCAGAACCCAGUUUUAUAGCGUCUACUGCUAGUUCAGAUUCAAGAGCGUUUCAUCUUGUAAAAGAGAGGAAGACUCAGAAAACUGACUUCUAUGUUGGUACCUCAGAGUUGUAUUCAUCUGCUUGCAGUUCCCAUGGCAAUAGAAACAAUUCUAUACCUACCACAAAUUGUUCUCCUGCAAGAUCAUCAAAUGUGUUCGUAUAUCCUCAAAAAAUAACUUCUUUCCAGCACAAAGAAUCAUUUUCCUCCUGGAAGCAGAGUUCUUCAAAGACAGACAAAGAAAUAGAUGCUGCAUUUGACCAACUCUACUACAGAGUGAUUUCUGGAGAAUACCUAAAGCCUUUGUCAUUGACAAGACCUCUGUUAAACUCACAGAACCUUGAAGAGAAAGGACCAUUAGUGAAGAGUAAUCUAAGUGUUUCUGAGAGGUCCCUUAAACAGUUUGAUGUAGAAUUUGAGAAACUGUGUGGGAAGCUUGUUCCAAAAUCUCCUGAGCUUCAGACAGCUUCAAAUUUCAGGAAAUAUGAAGAAAUACAGAUGCCUGAAACUGUAAAUGCUCUUGUUAAUUCUCCUGUCCAAAGAUAUUCUGCAAUUUCCAGUGUUAAAAGAGCAGGAAAUUUUCAAUACCCUCUUCCUUGUUCACCAGUAAAGCGACUGAAAUUUAUACCAGGACACUGUUUUUCCGCAAGCAAAAGUCAGGAGAUUUCCCACAGUAAAGAGGAUAAUCUUCAGACAGGUGGCACAUUCAACUGUAGCAACCCCAGCUUUUUUGCUGAUCACCACUGUCAUUGUCAGCGUUCUGCAUCUCAUGAUUCUUUAGAUCAAAGUUUUCUUGGUAUUCCUGGCACUUCCCGGCAAGAAUCUGGGACUGCAGAUGCACGCUCUGGUUGGCCUGGGGCAAUGGAGAAUUGCAGCUGUCUGAGAAAUGUGAGCAAUUGUCACCCAAGGGUAUACAGAAAACUAAGCUACACUGAUAGGAAAGACCAAUUGUAGGAAUCCCUUGGAUGACUCUCUGGUUAAAGCUCACCAAGAAGCAUUAAUGCACUGUUACAGUUUAAAAAGUUUUAUAUAGGUUGGGUUUUAUUCAGUGUUGUUUCUUCUUCCAAGAAUCAAGUAUGUAUAAUUAUAUGUUAGCAAUACACAACUAGUUCUGGUUUAUACUUCCUUGUAGUUCAAAUCUUUGGGAAGGGGUUUUUCCCUUUUAACAGGGAAAAUAUAAAAUAUUCAAUUCUUAUUCAAUUUAUGGCUAAGUUGGAUUUUUAUAUUUGACAGUAUUUGUAAUAACAGAAUGUGAUCUGUAUUCUUUUUAUUUGCUGAUAAGCUUUGGUUCUUAUUGUAUUAAUAAUAAGGAACAAGCUCAUUUACCUAAAUUGCUGCUCAUUUAUGUUUGAGUUUCUCAGUACAGAUCCAAAUUCAUUGCUAUGUUAAUGUUAACAUUUUCUAAGUAGAUCACCAAAGUUGGUAUAAUAAACUUUGAUUCUUACUGUGUUAAUAAUAAGGAACAAGCUCAUUUACUUAAAUUGCUGCCUAUACAUGGUUUUUGGAUGCAUCAGUACAGAUCCAAAAAUCACUACUAUAUGCUAUGACUUAAGUUUUCUAUGCAAUGUUAAUGUUAAAAUUUUCCACAGUUGAUUGUUCAAUAAAAUUUUAUACUGUUUAGUAGGUUUGAUAAUUGCAUUCUCUGUUUUGACAAAGUUGUACCUGACACAGUAUAUGUUCUAAAUAAAAAACUAUUCUGAACAAAUACCUGCCUUCAACAUUUUAUUUCACUUAUGUGAACUCUCAGGAGGAGUUUGUAUACCUGCAUGAGCAAAUCCAUGAGAAUGAGGUAUGAGGGUCCCACAGGUUUUCACUGCUGUGUCCUUUCUUGGCAAGGGGAUUGUGUUAGUGGUGUUAGAUAAGGUACUUGCUGUUUUAUCAGCAGUGCCCCUUGUUGCCCCUUUUCCUUCAGAAAAGGAAGAAAUUGUUUUUCUUUGGCUUUACUUUAUUUCCAGACACACAGGAGGGUUUUAUUUUAGCUCUUAAAACCAAAAUCUUGUUAUCUUAAGUAUUGUUCUUGAAUAGGACAAGAAGCCACCUCUAGUGAGAUUUUCUCUGCAAUAUGAACUUCUGCACACACUUUCCAUUCUUCAUCAUUUGGAUAUUACGUGUCUUUCCAUGACAGCAGAAAAAUACUGUCUUUUAGAAAUCUCUUGGGGCUCUUUUUUCUUCCUUUUCCAGACACAGAUGCACUGUAGGGAGUAUAUUUUAUGAACUAUCUUCCUCUUGGAUUUGUUGAGGUAAUUAUUUCGCAGUAUUUCUUGAUACGCUAGUAUUGAGAGAUUGCAUAAUUCAUUGUUUUCAGUUCUAAAGUAAUUUAGAAGUCAGCUGGAAUUGUGUUUUGGACCUGUUCUGACUCUAGGUAAGACGUCUACACAGCAACUUCAGUGCAGCUCAGACAGGUAAGGAAGAUAAGUUGGUUUAUUCAACAUAGCAAAAUUGUCUUCAUGAAGAUUCCUUUGUAAUUAUUUAAAGAGGUCAUUCUUGGAAAACCUUUAAGUGUUGGGAGGUAAGAUCAUACCAAUGCCAUGUUUUGGGUGCUAGCAGUAGCAAAAAAGGGAGAAAGAGUUUCUAUUUUUAGAGUUGAUCCUCCUACACCAUGUGAGCCAGCAGACCCUUGAUACAAGCAAGUCUGUUGUUUCUCCUAAUGAUUCUAACAACUGCUAGACCAGGUAUGUUUAGCCAGGUACAUCUGCAGUGAUUAUCAAAUGCUAAGUCACUGGUGAAAUACAUCUGCCUCAACUUAUGAAGAUGUCAGUGGUGCUACCUGAUCUCUUGUGUUUUGAGUUCCAAUCUUCUACCCUUCCAAACAAUAUUGCUUUUCCCACCAUAUUUCCUCUUGUUUACUUAUUCUUUACUGUUCCAUUGAACUGGUACUUGAAUGCUAAGUUUACCAUUAAUAAAAAAAAACUUUACAGUGCUUCUCUUUGCUAUAAAAAUUUUUUUA